GAAAAUGACCAGCUUUCCGAAAUAAAGUGUGGGUUGUUCCCAGAAGUUGUCCAAGUUGAACCCGAUGUCACCACCCUAAGGAAUUCCCCUCAGUUUGUGCAAGUUCAUCGUUGUAAGGGCUCGUGUGACCAUGCUCUUAUCUUAGAAACAUGUGAACCAACAAAAAUACGCGGCAUACCUGUCAGAGUAGACACUGAAAGUGGCAAUAGUUCUGAAGUAGUCGUGGCAGAUCACGUGGAGUGCCAGUGUAGUUGCCAAGCCCAGUGCAAUGAAAAUCAUGUCUUUAAUGAGAAACUAUGUAGAUGCGAGUGCAGUGAGAAAUGUCCAGAUGGGGAAAUGCAAGAUCCAUCUACUUGUCAAUGCAAGGGGUAA